CUCCGGAUUAUGACGAGGAUCCACACCCCACUACUCAUUCUCCUGAAGAACUCCACACAGAAGUGCCGUUAGCUACACCGCUUGAAACGCCGUUAGCUUCUCUACUCCGUGCAAUCCAAAUUUCAAAAUUUGUCAAGGAGAAUCGUCUCGAACCAAAUUUAGGGAGCCCAGAAGCCAAUGAAUUUCUCGAGUUGAACGGUGCUUCGCAAGUCCAAGUAGACUCUACUCUGAGGGGCAGGUCUAUAUAUUUUCUAUUCAUCGAGGACAAACAGAAGAAAUGCCGCGUUUGUGGAGGUACAAAGUCAUCAGCGACAAGAGCUGUGGAGUGUAUGAGGGAUGUGUUAAAUGUAGUGACAGGAAAGGUUAAAUGUGGGGUUGAGAUCCCAUCACCACUGAACGCCAACUACAUCGAAACGUGUUGUGCCUAUCUGUUGAAACUUGAACCCGACCUCGACGAGAAGCCAGCAGUUAUCCUGGCUAAGCCAAUGAAGUAA